AUCAUUCUAAAAUCUAGCAAAAAUUUGUUCCAACCAUUUGACAGACGCAACUGGCCACAAUUGAAGCGAAACAGUGAUUUCGGAUGUUCCUUUAAUUGAUGGAUGUUCGAGAUUCUCCUAAUGACAAGAGCUGCUUUCUGAACUAAACAGAUUAACAUGGCCACUUCACCACGCUCUGUAGAUACAAUAUCACUUUGUUCUACCGUGUCCAGUUGUCCAGAUCGUAAUGGGUUUUAUGGAGGUUUUCAACGUACAGAUAAACCCAAAGAGCCCUUGUCGAAAGCACAAAUUAUAGCUCGAGAGAAAAAAUGGCUUUACAUGAUUGACAAUUGGUCCUUGUAUAUGUCAAAAAACUACAAAAAGAUACGAGACCGCUGUCGCAAAGGUAUUCCAAAAUCGGUGCGCCCACGUGCCUGGUUCUAUUUGUCCGGUGCCUAUUUAUUAAAAAAGAAAAAUCCAAAUAUUUACAAAGAGUUGUUAGAAAAGCCCGGUAAUGCGCACAUUAUUGAGGAAAUCAAAAAAGAUAAGCAUCGUCAAUUUCCAUUUCAUGAGAUGUUCUUGGACGAAGAUAAAGUGGGACAAAUUGAACUAUUUAAUGUUUUAAAAGCCUAUUCGAUAUACAAUCCAAAAGUUGGUUUCUGUCAGGCCCAAGCACCGAUAGCGGCUUUUUUAUUAAUGCAUUUACCAGCCGAAGACGCCUUUUGGGUGUUUGUUAGCGUGUGCGAUGUUUACUUGGAAGAUUAUUUUAUCAGUGGUCUAGAGGUAUUACAAAACGAUGCCGGCAUAUUAGAAGGUCUUCUUAAAAAAACCUGCCCGCCCGUGUACAGACAUCUACAAAAGCACAAAGUUGAACCUUUAUUAUACAUGACUGAUUGGUUUUUGUGUGCCAUGACACGCACGCUGCCAUGGGAAACUCUACUGCGGGUAUGGGAUUGUUUCUUGGCAGAGGGUAUACGAGUUAUAUUUAAGGUUGCGUUGGUUAUAUUGGGAGCUACUUUAAAUCGUCACAAAGUACGCAAACAGUGCAACGGGUUGUGUGAAACACUGGAAGUCUUACGUAAUCCGCCGGAGCAUGUACUUGAUGAGGAUUUCAUUAUAAAUAAUAUGCAACGUUUAAAUUUACGUGUGGAAGACUUUCAAAUAGAACACACCCGCCAAAAAGCUCGACGCGCCAAACAAAAAGCACAAGAGGCAACAGCUGCACAAAACCAUUCGAACACAAAUACCUUUAGCAGAUCCCGAGGAUCUAGUCCCACAAAUGGCAGCAACAGUGGUAACAUAACAGUUGUUAAUGUUAAUGUGGGUGAUGGAGCCGAUGUAGACACAACUGCUCCCAUUUCCAUUAAAAAUGGUAGCUCCAACAGCGGUCAUCGUCCAUAAUAACAAAUUUUUAGUGAAUAACAAAACAAACGCAGAGCGUUUUUGUUUUUUUUUUUUUUUAUUUCUCUUGUAAUAACUUAAAUGAUAAAGAAAAGGAACGAUAAGUAUUUCUAAAAGUUAUAAACGAUUAACACAUACAACCUUUCUCCUCCUAAUUAUUUUAACUCCUUCAGACCUAAAAUCUACAAAUUUAACAGAAAUGUUUUGUAUAUAAUUAUAGAAUAAACUGUUUUAACUGCUUUUUUUUCCUUCUUUCUAUUCACCUUCGAGAAACACAAUAUGUGACGUUGAAAUUUGUGUGUGUAUUUUAAAGGUCAAUUAUCUAUGUUUACAGUCAAACGACUCCUUUUUUCUAUAGGAACAUUUCUUUUUCGCUCAUUCCAUGGAAACAAUACAAGUAAUCUUUAAUUUCCAGCACUGUACCCAAAAAAAAAAACUCAGUUCUUUAAAAGUCUUUGAUAUGCGUACAAAGCUGUUUACUGUUUAAAUGCCCGUCUGAAGCGUCUACAAAGCUAUGAUUAGUUUGGAUACCAAGCAAUAAGGGAAAUGUAAUUUUUUUAAGCAUCUUUAUUUUUCCCUUUGAAAGGCAAAAUAUUUUUUAUUUAUUUUUACUAUUUAAU